GCCUUACCGAUGACAAUGAAACCAUCAAGGUCAACCAAGUAGACACCUUGCCUCACGUAAUUUUAAACAGCAAAAACUUGCUUUGAAAUAUCAAACCUGUUUUUGCCAUCAACUGUCAACCGAUUCCGCCAUAAACACUGCAAAAAUUGUAAAGUUAGCCGAAGCAAAAGAACGGUUCAGUUGGCUCCGUGAAUUCAACCAAACAUGUUCGGUCUAAAUCGCAAUCGUUGUGCCCGUCAAAUCUUUUUUUCCGUCGUUGUAUGCACAGUUUAUCUCAUGGUUCUAUCUCGAAUCACCUGAAUUUAAAUGCUUUGCCAAAAAACCUGCCCACAGUAGCGAUGAUGGAAAAAAUCCAACUGGAGAGAAAGAAUUUGUUGAAACAAAAAUGUAGUGAGCUAAAAUUGAAAUCCAAGACUAGUCCACGUCCAGUUAGGUUCAAGAUCGAAGAUCGACAUCGAGUGAUGUAUUGCGAAGUUCCAAAGGCGGCCACUACUAACUUAAAAGGACUUAUGUUGGUAUUGUCGGAAGAGCCAUUUGAAAGACUGGUCUCGGCCUAUGAGAGCAAGUUUGGAAGUACUGUCAUCGACGAUAGAUAUCAACGUGGAGUUGGAACAAAUAUCAUUCGCAAAUACCGUCAGAAUCCGACAGCAAUUUCUUUGGAAAAAGGUGACGAUGUCACAUUUGUGGAAUUCGUGAACUUCGUCAUAGACAAGUGGAAGUUACCCAAGGAAAGGAUGGAUGCGCAUUGGCUCUCUGCGAUCGAGCUCUGCUUUCCUUGUUCAAUCGAAUACGACUUCAUUGGGAAAGUGGAAACUCUCGAACAAGAUGUCAGCUUUUUGUUGCAGAAACUCAAUGAGACGGACCUCAUUCCAUCAUUUCAAGAAAAGCAAAAAGCACCUAAUACAACACAGUCGGUAUGGAGACAGACUAUGAAACAGCUUAACCAACAACAGAUGGAGGAUCUUAUUAGCAUUUAUGCAGCCGAUUUUCAGAUAUUUGGAUAUCCACUGGAUAACCCAUUGCAAAAUGUUUGAUACUUUGCUUUGCGGUGGCCUAUCUUACAACGGAAGACACUUCAUUCUUAGUGACAACAACUAUAAGCCUAUAUUUUCUUUGCUAAACUAAAAGAAAUGACAAAAAAAAAUAACACUGCUGUUUUUGCCGUAAGCCACAGCCAGUGGAUGAACAAACUAGGAUCUGACAUCCGGAUAAACCUUUUUUAUUCAGUUUGCUAUUUAAGACAACAACCCAUAAGGAUAGAAACGUUUUGGCAAAAUAUUAAGCGACCGUUGGACAAAGAGGCAAAAAAAUAGGCAUCUCAAAAAUCUACAAGCUUCUUUUUCUCUUUUAAAUAUAAUUCUUGAAAGUCA